GUCUAAAGUCGACUGAAAAAUCAAAUCGAUGUUUCAGAAACGUUGUGCUUGAACUGGGAGUUUAAGUUCUGCGCUGUUCGUCACCAAGAAACAUGUCCCCUGCACCAGCAUCUAUUCUGCGGGACACCCCUCCGGACGGGGGCUGGGGCUGGGCCGUGGUGUUUGGGGCCUUCAUCUCUAUCGGCUUCUCGUAUGCCUUCCCCAAAGCCCUCACUGUCUUCUUCAAAGACAUCCAGCUGAUCUUCGGUGCCUCCUACAGCCAGAUUGCAUGGAUUUCUUCCAUCAUGCUGGCAGCAAUGUAUGCCGGUGGACCUAUCAGCAGUAUUCUGGUCAAUCGCUAUGGAAGCCGGCCUGUGGUCAUAGCUGGUGGAGUGAUAUGUGGCAUUGGUAUGGUAACUGCUUCUUUUGGCAAUACCAUUACGCAUUUGUACAUAUCCGUAGGAGUCGUUGGAGGAUUUGGUCUUUCUUUUAACCUCCAGCCAUCCGUCACCAUCAUUGGGAAGUACUUCCAGGUCAAGAGGCCGUUAGCUAAUGGGCUGGCCAUGGCAGGAAGUCCAGUCUUCCUCUGUACCUUAGCACCUAUCAACCAGUUCCUGUUUAACCAAUUUGGCUGGAGGGGCAGUUUCUUCAUCCUGGGAGCUCUGCUGCUCAACUGCUGUGUUGCCGGCUCUCUCAUGAGGCCCAUUUGUCCAAAGCCAACUGGAGGCCAACUCACGCAGACAAACGGAACCCCAAGGAAACCUCCCACUGACCGGUCUGAGGCCCAGGUGAAUGGACACAACACACAGUUGGAGAAAGGCUGUUUGGAAAACGUCAACAAGUUUCUGGACCUCUCGCUCUUCAAACACAGGGGCUUUCUGAUCUACAUCGUAGGGAACGCGGUGAUGUUCUUUGGUUUCUUCGCCCCUGUAGUGUUCCUGGCCCCUUACGCUCUGAGCCAUGGCUUCGACGAGUAUUCCUCUGCCUUCCUCUUGUCCAUCAUGGGCUUCGUAGACAUGUUUGCCAGGCCGUUGACAGGGCUGAUGGCUAACACUAAGUGGAUCAGGCCCAGGAUACAGUACUUCUUCAGCUUUGCUAUCAUCUAUAAUGGUUUAUGCCACCUGCUGUGUCCCUUGGCCAGUGGGUAUGGGGGGCUGGCGGCCUACUCAGUGUUCUUUGGCAUAGCAUUUGGAAUGGUGUGUGCCCUGCUGUUUGAGACGCUCAUGGACCUGGUGGGGCCUCAGCGGUUCUCCAGUGCAGUGGGACUGGCCACCAUCAUAGAGUGCUGCCCCGUACUCCUGGGACCACCUAUUGGAGGAGCCUUGGUGGACACCUUUGGUGACUACAAGUACCUGUACCUCAUGUGUGGAGCGGUGAUGGUGUUCGCAGGACUCUUCCUCUUUGUUAUGAAUGUCUACAACUACAGGAUGCUGGAGCGGGAGAGGAGGCAGGAGGAGGGACAGGUAGAGGAGGGCUGUGAGAGCCAGGAGCAGGACCAGGAGCAGGGCCUGGGGCUGAGGGAGAGGGGAGAGCCCUCCUCAGAGGAGCAAGGAGAGGCAGGGAAGGAGGCUAAGAAGCAACAAAUCCCCUAGGGAGACGAAUCAGAAGCGGAAGAGACUAAAUUAAGCCAUGCAUGAUACCACUGUUUACAAGUACACUCUCAUAUAUUGAUGCCAGUAUAUCAGUAUAUAGGCCUACCCAAUACUGUAUAUAGUCCACCCUCACACACACACACACACACACACACACACACACACACACACACACACACACACACACACACACACACACACACACACACACACACACACACACACACACACACACACUACUACUAACUUUGGAGGGGGACACUCCUGAAGUUUUUACUCUUAUGCUGUUUUUCUCCAUGUAGCAGUUUUUCCCCCAUGCUGACAAAGGCUGUUUGGAAAGAAGUACUUCUGACUGUAUGAGAUCAAAUAGCAGUGUAAUCCUUUCUGGGCCUUUAUUUAUUUAUUUGAGCUGCAGGUGUGCCACUCCCCACUAGUAUCGCAGUUCCAGCUAGUAUCCAUUUUGUCUUUUGUGCUCAGUAAAUUCUCCUGGCCCUAGGUAUACCGUAUAAGUUAAAACCACCUACAAAUGAUAUUUACAUUUAUAUUGAGUGUUAUUCUGUGAAUUUUGACAGUUAAAUUCAUAUGUUAUAUCAAUCAUGAAACUGAACACAUGUUAGCAGUUGAGAUGUGUGUCACGUACAUGCUGACGAUGUAAUAUUUAAGUCAUGAACAUUUGACUCUUCCACCUGUAUUGAUGUUCCAAUGAGUGAAUGAAGAAUGACACAUGUUUCUACAUGCACUGUUACAGACAUAAUGAUGUCAUUUUAUAUUCUUGCUCAGGAUCCAUUUAUAUUUGAAUAUGACCAAAAUAAAUGUCUGCUUUUACAUGUUCACAUAUAGAUCAUAGAAUGAAUGCACAAACAGUUUCAGCUGUUAUGAAGUCUAUGAUGACAACCAUGUAAUUCAUGUCUAGAUAGGUUGUAGCUUUGCAUUAGUGUCUUUUGAAAGAUGCGUUUAUUGUUAUAAGAUACUGAUGGGACUCACUUUUUUAAAUGCUGUAGAAGAACUCUUUUUGAAGUAAAUAUGUUUGUUGAGUAGAGUGCUCAGCAAUAAAUGACAUCAUUAUCAUUCAGUAUUUGCAUAUAAUUAUUUCAUAAAGAAAUUGUAUCAAUUACAAUUCACCAGAUGUGAAUACCGUGUCAUUCA